CAACAGUUUCAACAAGAUGAAGUACCUGGUUCUUUUGGCUUUUAUUGUGACCGUAAGUGCGGUACCAGACAACCAUUCGCCCAACCUUGGGUCCAAAGUGGCAGCACCAAUUCCGGCACCGAAAUGUCCUACCAAUGAGUUUUACAGCACAUGCAAGGGCUGUGACCUAACCUGCGCGCAGCAGACUCCUGGCGUUUGUAUCGCUGUGUGCAAAGCUGGCUGCAAGUGUACGCCCGGUUACGUCCGCAACGUCGCUGGAAGCUGUGUCCUGCCCAAAAAGUGUCCGAAAACCACGAAGGGUUAGAGUGACAGAAGGAUUUAAUAUAUUACUAUUUCUGAAGAAAGAAAUGUUGCAAAGCCAUGUAAUAGAAGAAAUAUACCCAUUUUAAGUCUUAUAA